AUGACGGAAUCUGAGUGCAGAACUAGACCGUUAACAGCCAACCGUGAAACCCUGAACUGCCACCGUGAAACAUGGUGGCAGUUCUGUGUAAUUGUGCGGGGUAUGAACAAACCACGAGUGGGUCGUCUGCUUGUAAUCGAUGGUGUGAUGGGUCACAAGAUGUUUGCUCACCUUUUAGAGAAAAAUCUCGUUAAUGCGCUGAAAUUUAUCUUAAGCAGUAAGUGGGAUGGGGAAAAGAAGCGUGGACAUCAACUGCGUGGACUGAAACUUCGGGUGAAAUGGAGAACACCAGCUACCUUGAAGAGUUCAGCUCGUCGUAUUGAUGAUGACCUGAUUUUGGGUUAUAAUGAAAGAUGGACCAAUGGGCAUAGAAUUAAUCUGAGAAGAAUAUCAAUGGCUAAAUAUUAUAAUACUCACAUAAUACAACCAUUAGACAUUCCUGGUUUACAUAUCCAGACAUGUAGGGAACAUCAUGAUGGCGACCUUCUUUCAUCAGCUGCUCAACUGAAGCAGGUAGAAAUGUCUCCACUCCAGGAACCACCAGUUCUGGCGUUGGCACGAACGAGCAUUUGA